AUGACGAGUCUAUUAAAUUUAUCAAAUACAAUAAUAUCACAAAUCAUAUCAGAGAUUGAAGAUAAUGGAGAUAUAAUAUGUUUAUUGUUAACUUGUAAAGGAAUAUAUCAAAAUGAUAGUAUUAAAAGAUCGAUUCAGUUUAAAGGAAUAGAAGCUAUCGAUACUAUCAAUAGAUGUGUAUCAGAGCCGUUUACAGCAACAGCUACCCGAUACAACCUCAAAUCAUUUCAAGAUAUAUUGGAGAAUAGUAUAUCGAAUCAUCAGGUGAUGAUACUAAAAGAGAAAAAAAAAAGGUAUCAUUCAUAUAACGCACCCACAAUCAUAGACUAUCCUCAAUGGAUACAACAACGUAUCAGUCUGACUGAUAGAGAUGAUGAUAAAAGUGGUGGUAUUAUAACUGCUUUGGUGAAUGAUCCCAAACAAUCACCAUCUCUAGAGCCACUCUCGGUGGACAUGCCAUCUCUAGAGACACUAUUCAUCAAUCAAAAACGAGGUAAAAUGGAUCUCGGCUCCAUCUCAUCAUUACUACCUUGUCUUCAACGACUUGCGGUCAGCGCAGACAAGGUUAAAUUUGGUCAUAAUACAUCACUCAAAUCUCUGUUGUUGGAAUGUGACCAAAACUCCUCUCUAACAAAGUUUGGUCUUUCCAAUUUGGUGUCGUUGACCGAGUUGACUAUCGAACCUUCUUAUGUGUGUGGAUUGGUACCGGGUCUCUUGCCAAGUAGUCUGACAUCAGUCACUAUUGGACUGUUCGAGGUACCUCCAAGAGACACAUUCCUUUCAUUGACGUCGUUGGUGUAUCUCAGUCUUCAGUUGGUGGCAGAAGACGAUACCAAGAAAGAAGAGGAGCCAUGUAUCGAUCUUGAAGAUUUACAUACACUCAAGACACUCAAGUUCAAGUUAUUUGAUGAUACUCAAGAUAAAAAGUACAUCUUGGAGCUUAGUGUACCUCCAUCACUGACGACACUUGACUUUAAUUCUAAAAGUGCAUACAUCUCAACUAGAUCUACCCUACCAAAGUUGGAGAAGCUGUCAAUCAAUCAAGUACAAUUAUUCGAUGCCCGAGUCAACAGUCUAUUGGUAUCACCGUCUCUCAAGAAAUUGGUUAUCUACAAUUGCAAUGAAAUCAUGCCAGCUCAUAUCAUUCCAUCAACUCUCGAAAAACUUACCAUCUUUAAACUCGUUUAUAAAGAUAUACUUGGACAAGUUGUAUUCCCACCAUCACUCACUCAUCUAUCCGUCUUGGGAUUGUAUUGUGAGGAGUUAACCCAACCACUCCCAGAAUCAAUCAUCAAACUAAAGUUGUUGGUCAAUACUAGAGGUGCACCCAAAUCACCACUCCCUCAACACUUGAAAAAGCUGGUUUGGGUACAACCAGAAGACACCAAAAUCAAUGGUGCCUCUGUAAAGUUUCCAUCCUCCUAUCCACCAACACUUGAAACACUUGAUCUCAGCGACAUCCAAGGUGAAUUUACCAUUGACAAUAUGCCACCGUCCACCAAGCAUCUCGCCGUCGACCUUCCACCACUCACAGGGUAUGAGGAUGAAAAACACACAAAACCAGUUUACUACUAUUCAAUCUCCUCUCUAUUCCCAAAAUCCAUCCUCGAUCAACAACAAUGGCUGUCACCCAAUACCACCCAUCUAACUUGCCAGUUAAACAGUGAUGAUAGACGUCAUAAUAGUCGAGUAGAAUUGAGUUUGUAUGACAUCAUCCUCUAUACCAAUAUUAGAUAUUUAACUGUCAUUGUCUUUAUGUCAAGAGAGCAAUUACACUCGAGUCUUCUCAAACAAUCCAUUCAAGUUGGCGAGAUUAUAGGAAUAGAACCUAUAGAUACUGAUUAUGGAGAGACAUCAAAACAGUUUAUAGUAACUGCUACUCGAUUCAACCUCAACUCUUUUAAAGAUAUAUUGGUGAAUAGUAUACUAUCUAAUCAUCAGGUGAUACUAGGCAACCAAGAUGAUCUUCCUCAAUGGAUACAACAACGAGUCAUCUAUCAAAAGAUAGUUGACAAGAGUAAGAGUGGGGACAUUAAAACUGCAUUGGUCGAGUAUACUUCUCCCCUGUCUCCAAUCUACUCGGCACCAUCAAUCGAGACACUAUUCAUUAACGAGUCAUAUGAUCAAUCGGUCGAUCUUGACAGUAUCUCACUCUUGCCUCGUCUCCAACGACUUGAAGUCCGUGCUGGUAGAUUCAAUAUUGGCAGACACACAUCACUCAAGUAUCUCAAACUAGAAGUUAAGACAGAAUCCGAUGAUGGCAUACCGUUCAUCAGCAAGUUUGGGCUCAAUGGCCUAGAAUCACUGACAGAGCUAAACAUGAGGUAUUGCUCUCAAAUGACUGGACUUGUACCAGGUCUAUUACCAAGCACCCUGACAUCACUCACUCUUAGUCUCAUGAAAGUACCUCCACGAAAUACAUUCAUUUCAUUGACAUCACUUGUGACCCUCGAUCUUGGCAUAUACACCCAAGAUGGCCUUGGAGAGGUGGAGGAAGAACAUGUACCACAUGAAGAUGAAUAUGGAGAGGUCCAAGAACAAAAACAAUAUGUGGAUCUCGAGUCUCUACAUACUCUCAAGACUCUCAAGUUCUACCUCUUUGACCAACCUCACCCCAAACUCGAAUUAUGUGUACCUCCAUCACUCACGACUCUUGACUUUUAUUGUAGAUCCAUUGUCCAAAUCCCAUCACGUUGUACUAUGCCAUCGUUGGAGAAAUUAUGCGUGCAACAAAUGGUAUUGAUUGAUGGAAAUAUUAAUCUGUUGCCAUGUACAUCACCAUCAACAUCUCUAAAGAAACUAGUUCUUUAUGAUUGCGAUCAACCUAUCAGGCCAGGCAAUACAUACAUCCCAUCAACUCUUGAAAAGUUAUCAAUCUAUAAUGAAAAUACAGAAUCAAUUCUUGGACAAGGUGUUAUUAGAUCAAAUAAUCAAUCACACCAAUUUGAAGAAGAUAUUUAUGUAGCAUUCAUCCUUGCACAUGUGGAUAUUGAUGAUAAUGGAGAUAUAAUAUGUUUGUUGUUGACUUGUAAACAGUUAUAUCAUAAUAGUGCUUUAAGAAGAGGAUCGAUUCAGUUUAAAGGUGUGACGGCUAUAGAUACUGAUUUUGGAGAGAUAUCAAAACCGUUUAUAGUAACAGCUACCCGAUACAACCUCAACUCAUUUAAAGAUAUAUUGGAGAAUAGUAUACUAUCUUAUCAUCAUGUGAUACUAGGUAGCAACAAACAUGAUGAUCUACCUCAAUCGAUACAAGAACGAGUCAUCUAUGAAAAGAGAGUUGACAAGAGUAAGAGUGGUGACAUUAAAACUGCUUUGGUCGUGGAUACUUCUCAACUGUCACUAGAGUCAAUCUACUCGAUACCAUCCAUCGAGACGCUAUUCAUUAACGAGUCAUACGAUAAAUCGGUCGAUCUUGACAGUAUCUCACUCUUGCCUCGUCUCCAACGACUUGAAGUUCGUGCUGAUGGAUUCAAUAUUGGUAGACACACAUCACUCAAGUAUCUCAAACUCGAAGUUACGACAGAAUCCGAUGAUGGCAUACCGUUCAUCAGCAAGUUUGGGCUCAAUGGCCUAGAAUCACUGACAGAGUUAAACAUGAGGUAUUGCGCUCAAAUGACUGGACUGGUACCAGGUCUAUUACCCAAAACUCUGACAUCACUCACUCUUAGUCUCAUGAGUGUACCUCCACUAGAUACAUUCCUUUCAUUGACGUCACUUGCCAAACUCGAUCUUGGCAUAUACAUCCAUGAUGACAGAGAGGAGAAGGAAGAAGAUGGAGAUGAUGUAGAGGAGGAAGUUCAAGAACAACAACAACAACAACAACAAUACAUGGAUCUCGAGACUCUACAUACUCUCAAGACUCUCAAGCUCGACAUCUUUAACAAAACUCACCACAAACUCGAAUUAUGUGUACCUCCAUCACUCACGACUCUUGACAUUUUUUGUAAAGAAGCAUUCAUCCCAUCACGUUGUACUAUGCCAUCGUUGGAGAAAUUGUAUGUGCACCAAUCCCUUUUGAUCGAUCAAAGAAUCAGUCUAGAAUCAUCACCAUCUCUAAAGAAACUAGUUCUUUAUGAAUGCGAUCAACCUAUCACGCCAGACAAUACAUUCAUCCCAUCAACUCUUGAAAAGUUAUCAAUCUAUAAUGAAAAUACAGAAUCAAUUCUUGGACAAGGUGUUGUAUUUCCACCAUUACUCACUCAUCUGACCAUAUUGGGAGGAGAUUAUGAACCUAUUGUUCACCAUAUUCUCCCAGAAUCGCUCGUCAAGCUAAAGGUGUUGGUCAAUAACCAACCCGAUCCAAUCUCACUUCCAAUACAUUUGAAAAAACUGGUUUGGAUACAACCGAAAACCAAAAUCAAAGAUAUUGUGCUAUUACCAUCCUCAUAUCCACCCAAUCUUGAAACACUCAACCUGGGAAAUAUUAAAGAUAAAUUUAUGAUUGACAAAAAUAAUCCAUCAACUAUUAAAUAUCUAUCAAUGCCAUUGGAAAUUGACAAUCAAAAACGACAUUCAAAUAAUGUGUGCAUCUAUUCAAUCUGCUCUAAAUUUACCAAUUCCAUCCUAUCUCAACAACAAUGGUUACCAAUCAAUACUACUCAUCUAAUUUGUCACCUAGAUGAUAGAACAAAGUCAAGUUUUAGAUUAGAUCAAGUAAUCAAUCACACCAAUGUUAGAUAUUUAACAAUUGCUAUUGCCUACAAACCAUAUAUCUUUACAAUUCAAAGAUUAGACACAGAUAAUCAAAAUGUAUUGGUAUUGGAAAAAGAGACACUUCAAGGUGGAAUAAUCACUCAGAGAAAAUCAAUCAACAUCACUGAACGACAAUAUGAUCCUAUUUAUUUAUUUUUUGAGAACCAUUUUACUUCUCAUUUGAAAGUGAAAUGGAAAUUUGGAAAUAUAUAA